AAAAGUAACAAGGAUUGAGCGCCGCGCGUGCUACAGUGGGAACUUGGUUCGGUUUCGUGUCUUUUGUGAAUCAACUUACUUUAGCCGACUAGGGUUAAACCUCUCAAGUUUCACUUUUUCUCACUCUCUGUGCCGCUGCUGCUGCUGGGUUGAAGUUAUCCAAGGUUUAUUGUUGGAAGUUUGGAAAAUGAGUUACUGUUUGAACCAUUGUGAUAAUGUGUACUCAAGGCUUCUUCAUUCAUCGUUGUCCUCUUCAACAUUCGCUCCUUCUAGAGCUUAUCUGUCGAAACUCAACUCCUUCCGUAGAAAGACUACGUUAGACAAGAAUUCAACCAACCUUUUGUCGUUAAACAUUCAAGCACAGCGAAAGCUGAAGGUGGUGGGCAAGAGACAGUGUUUGGUUCGCAGUGAGAAAAUUGAAUUAAGAGAUGGAACGGUUGGAGUUAAACCUGGGGUUUGUAAAAGGACUGAUAUUAAGAAGAUUAUGAUUUUAGGUGCAGGUCCUAUUGUAAUUGGACAAGCUUGUGAGUUUGAUUAUUCGGGAACUCAGGCUUGUAAAGCUUUAAGAGAGGAAGGUUAUGAGGUGAUAUUGAUUAAUUCGAAUCCAGCAACUAUCAUGACUGAUCCUGAAACUGCAGAUAGGACUUACAUUGCACCCAUGACUCCUGAACUUGUUGAGCAAGUUCUGGAGAAGGAGAGGCCUGAUGCUAUAUUGCCAACCAUGGGUGGGCAGACUGCACUUAAUCUGGCGGUGGCACUGGCUGAGAGGGGAUCGCUUGAGAAAUAUGGGAUUGAGCUGAUUGGAGCGAAACUUGAGGCUAUUAAGAAAGCGGAAGAUAGAGAUUUGUUUAAGCAAGCAAUGAAGAAUAUUGGGAUCAAGACCCCUCCUUCCGGGAUUGGGACAACCCUUGAAGAAUGUUUUGACAUUGCUAACACGAUAGGGGAGUUCCCUCUCAUUAUCCGUCCAGCAUUCACUUUGGGAGGGUCUGGAGGUGGGAUUGCUUAUAACAGGGAGGAAUUUGAAGCAAUUUGUAAGUCGGGGCUUGCUGCAAGUGUAACAUCACAGGUUUUAGUUGAGAAGUCUCUUCUUGGAUGGAAGGAGUAUGAGCUCGAGGUUAUGCGGGAUUUGGCAGACAAUGUUGUCAUUAUCUGUUCUAUUGAGAAUAUUGAUCCAAUGGGUGUUCACACAGGCGACUCGAUUACAGUUGCCCCCGCUCAGACUCUGACCGAUAGAGAAUACCAGAGGCUUAGGGAUUACUCUAUUGCCAUUAUAAGGGAAAUUGGUGUUGAAUGUGGUGGCUCGAAUGUUCAGUUUGCUGUCAAUCCUGUAGAUGGAGAAGUUAUGAUAAUUGAGAUGAAUCCUAGAGUUUCGAGAUCAUCAGCUCUGGCAUCCAAGGCUACAGGUUUCCCAAUAGCAAAGAUUGCUGCUAAGCUGUCCGUUGGUUAUACACUCGAUCAGAUUCCUAACGAUAUUACGAAGAAAACACCCGCCAGUUUUGAACCUUCUAUUGAUUAUGUGGUUACAAAGAUACCACGUUUCGCCUUUGAGAAGUUCCCGGGGUCGGAGCCAAUACUGACAACUCAGAUGAAAUCUGUCGGGGAAGCCAUGGCGGUUGGUAGAACUUUUCAGGAGUCAUUUCAGAAGGCUGUUAGAUCUCUUGAAAGUGGCUAUUCUGGAUGGGGAUGUGCGCAGAUCAAAGAACUUAGUUGGGAUUUGGAAAAGUUGAAAUACAACCUCCGGGUUCCUAAUCCUGAUCGUAUUCAUUCUGUAUAUGCUGCGAUGAAGAGGGGGAUGAGUGUCGAUAGUAUUCAUGAUCUUACAUACAUUGACAAAUGGUUUCUCACUCAGUUCAAAGAACUGAUUGAUGUGGAACAGUUCAUGAUGUCUUCUAAAUUGUCUGAUUUGACUAAGGAGGAUUUACUUGAAGUGAAAAAGAGAGGUUUCAGUGACAAGCAAAUUGGUUUUGCGACGAAAUCAUCGGAUAAAGAUGUUCGUUCGAUGCGUUUGUCUUUGGGUGUUACACCUGCUUAUAAAAGAGUAGACACAUGUGCUGCAGAGUUUGAAGCUAAUACUCCUUAUAUGUACUCUUCUUAUGAUUCCGAAUGUGAAUCUGUUCCCACUCAGAGGAAGAAGGUCUUGAUUUUAGGAGGAGGACCCAAUCGAAUUGGUCAGGGAAUCGAGUUUGAUUAUUGUUGCUGCCACACUUCAUUCGCGCUUCAGAAUGCAGGGUACGAGACAAUCAUGAUGAACUCAAAUCCAGAAACUGUAUCCACCGAUUAUGAUACAAGCGACCGUCUCUAUUUUGAACCUUUGACGAUCGAGGAUGUUUGUAACAUCAUCGACUUGGAGAGACCCGACGGUAUCAUUGUUCAGUUUGGAGGCCAGACGCCUCUCAAAAUAGCUCUUCCCAUCCAGAAACAUCUGGAAGAACACAAACCGCUAUGUGCAAGUGGAGAUGGUUACGUCCGUAUUUGGGGCACCUCCCCCGAUUCCAUAGACGCGGCGGAAGACCGUGAGAGGUUCAAUGCGAUACUAAAAGAACUCGAAAUCCAACAGCCAAAGGGAGGAAUCGCAAAGAGUGGAGAAGAUGCUUUAGCCAUCGCGGCUGAAAUAGGCUACCCGGUUGUGGUUAGGCCUUCCUAUGUGUUGGGUGGGCGAGCAAUGGAGAUAGUCUACAGCGAUGAAAGGCUCGCGACCUAUUUAAACAACGCUGUCUCAGUCGACCCUGAUUGCCCGGUCUUGAUCGAUAAAUAUUUGUCAGACGCUAUUGAGAUCGAUAUCGAUGCGCUUGCAGAUUCGUACGGGAAUGUUGUCAUUGGCGGGAUUAUGGAGCACAUCGAGCAGGCCGGGGUUCACUCAGGCGACUCUGCUUGCUCGAUCCCAACGAAGACAGUGUCUAACCAAUGCUUGGACACGAUUAGGUCGUGGACGAAGAAGUUAGCCAAGCGGUUGAAGGUUUGCGGGCUGAUGAACUGUCAGUACGCGAUCACCACCUCCGGCGAGGUUUUCCUUCUAGAGGCCAACCCUCGCGCAUCGCGCACGGUCCCGUUCGUGUCGAAGGCGAUUGGGCACCCGUUGGCGAAAUACGCAUCGCUGGUGAUGUCUGGGAAGUCGCUCGAGGAGAUAUCGUUCACAGAGGAGGUGAUUCCGAAGCAUGUUUCAGUUAAGGAAGUGGUUCUGCCUUUCGAUAAGUUUCAAGGCUGCGACGUCCUUCUCGGACCCGAGAUGCGUAGCACAGGGGAAGUCAUGGGGAUCGCGUACGAAUUCUCGACCGCUUUCGCCAUGGCUUAUAUUGCUACAGGACAGAAGCUGCCCGUUUCGGGUACUGUGUUUUUAAGCAUGAACGAUGUGACGAAGAUGCAUCUGGCUAAGAUUGCAAGAGCGUUUUUAGAGGUCGGGUUUAGUAUUGUUUCGACGUCGGGGACUGCUCAUGUUUUGAAGAUGGAAGGGGUUCAGGUUGAGAAGGUGUUGAAGAUGCACGAGGGAAGGCCAAAUGCAGGGGAUAUGGUGGCCAAUGGGCAAAUUCAGUUGAUGGUUAUUACGAGUUCUGCAGAUUCUUCGCUUGAUCAGAUGGAUGGGGUGAAGCUAAGGAGGAAGGCUCUGGCUUAUAAGGUUCCGAUUAUUACGACGGUUGCUGGAGCUUUAGCUACUGCUGAUGCGAUAAAGAGUUUGAAAUCUAGCAAUGGUAUCGAGAUGGUUGCUCUUCAGGAUUUCUUUAUAAAGGACGAGGUGAAGACGAAGAAGAAUCUCCAAACUGUAACAAUUACUUCAUCAUCUUCUUGAUCAUGCCAUUAAUAAGGUCAGCCAUCUCUACUAUUAACCAAUGUUGUCAUUUACUUCAAAAAUAAUAGCAUUUGGAU